GAACUGCUGGACUUGGGCUGCAGACGUUGUCGAGGAAAGUCACCAUUCAGUCUUCGAAUCUAAACCCUAGCUCAUCAUCCGCAAGAUCAGCGCUCUUCAAAGACAAACGCACAUUUGGACAAUUCAUUAAGGACUAAUCAUCCGGAAUUGAUUUCCACGAAAAUUACAAGGAUCCUCUAGUUCAGCCUCCGAAAUAUCGCAAUGCGGGCCAUGCAUGCUGGAGGAAGCGAUGGACAAACGAUUUACAUUCUUGGCGUUAUCGUCGUAUUCUUUCGAUUAUUGCCAACUGGGAACGGGUUCCCGAUAAUCGGUGAGCACGAGACAGAAAUUCCCGAACCGGGAAAAGUUGAGAACGCUAAUGCACCGAAAAAAGUGUACACUUCUUCAAUGUUUGAACAUUGGAGUAAAGCUACAUGGAAAGCGCCAACCUGGAGUUAUCAAGAUCCCGCCGCUUGGGCGACUUUGCCAAGUUCAUCUUGCGGUGGCGACCAACAAUCGCCAAUCGACAUUUUUCCAAUAUCGUCGGUAACGAAAGCUUACCCGAAAUUCACGUUCCACAACUACGGAAAUUUUGAUCAAAUGAAUGUAUUGAACAACGGACACACUGUUGUGUACAGUCUGAACGCCAACACUCCCACAAAUAGAAUACCCUACAUCACCGGUGGUGGAUUGGACGACACAUACCAGUUCCACUCAUUCCAUCUCCACUGGGGAAGCGACUCUUCGAAAGGCAGUGAACACCUCAUCAGAUCCCAAAGUUAUCCAGCCGAGCUGCAUCUGGUUCAUUACAACACCAAGUACGGUACCUUUGCAGAUGCCACGACUCACCCGGAUGGGCUGGCCGUCUUAGGAAUCUUUCUCAAGGUGGGAUUAGUUGACAACGAAUUUUUCCAGCCUUUGGUCGACCAGCUUAGCCAGAUCCCUGUUGAUCAGCAGGAAACCAUUUUGGACAAGAUCGUGUCAUUCCAAAAUCUUUUGCCUCAAAAGACCACUUCAUUCUUUCGCUACAGCGGGUCGUUGACCACGCCCAAUUGCAAUGAAAUCGUCACCUGGACGGUUUUUGAAAACCCCAUCAGAGUUUCAGAACGACAGUUGAAUAAGUUCAGAAGCCUCAAGGACGCUGCUAAUGAACAACUCGUGAAUAAUUACCGUCCGGCGCAGCAGUUGAAGGGACGCACUAUCUAUUACCGACGCUUUCAUGGGUGCGAACUGAAAGAAUCGUGGCCUGUGACUUCCACACCCUUAUGGGAUGUCUUAACAUGGGGUCAAUGUCUAGUUAACUAUGCCUUAUCUUGGCCAUAAAGCAAAUGAGCAUCUCCUGACUGACAUAUGACGUCAUGUCGAUCGUAACGUGUCACUUGUUGGAGCAACCUUGCAGGAUCAAUGUUGCUCAUGUAACUAUGACUUUAUUGUUACGCUAUAAAAUAAUUUUUAAUCAUUUUAUUUAUUCGAUUGGGUAACUUAAUACAAUUAUAUAAAUCAA